AUGAAGCGCUUCACGUCGCUUGACAUCAGUGCCAUCACGCGAGAGCUGCGCGAGAAGGUGGUGGGUCUUCGUAUUGCCAACGUCUAUGAUCUGGGCAAGAAGACCUACCAGCUCAAGCUUGCCAAGCCCGACCACAAGCAGUACCUUGUGUUCGAAUCGGGCGUGCGGCUGCACACCACCAAGUUCCAACGGGAGCGCCAAACGGUCCCCUCCGUCUUUUGCCUCAAGUUGCGACGAUACCUGCGUACGAAGCGCAUUGAAGAUGUAAGGCAACUCGGCAUCGAUCGAGUGAUAGACAUCACCAUCGGCUCGGGAGAGGCCCAGCACCACCUCAUCAUCGAGCUGUACGCUAGCGGCAACAUCAUCCUCGUGGACAAAAACUACGCCAUCGAAACCCUCAUCCGCUCCUACAAGACUGGCGAGGGCACCGACGAUGAGGUGUCAGUCGCCGUCGGCACGCGCUACCCUGUCGACAAGGCCCGCCAGCUCGUGCCCACCACCGUAGACCGCUUGCGCGAGGUGCUGCAUUCGGUGCCCGAGGAGCAGCGGGCAAAGGAGGCGGUGAAGGACGUCCUCAACCGCCACCUGGACCUGGGCCCCACACUCUUUGAGCACUGCCUCCUGUGCGCCGACCUCAAACCCCACGCCAAGGUCAGCGAAUACGACGAGGCCAAGACCGAAGCCCUGCAUCGGGCCAUCCAGCACGCCGAGUCCCUUUACAGUGACCCCACCCUCAAGGGGUACAUCGUGCUCAAGGACGCCAAGCCAGAUGCCGCGCCCGCUGCUUCCGCGAAAGCCCUGCAGGGCAAGGGCAAGGACAAGGAAACCCAGCCGCAGCCGCCCCCGCAGCAGCAGCAGCAGCAGCAGGAAGGGCGUGCGGAGGAAGAGGCGCAGUCUCCGGUAGUGCCCGCCACUCCCGCGCCGCAGGAUGCCGCCAAGCCAGACGGCGAGGAGGAUUACGACAGCCGCCUGUUCAUGAUGUUUGUGCCCUAUGUGUACAAACAAUUCGAAGGCCGGCCGCGACUCGAAUUUCCGAGCUUCGACGAGGCCGUCGACAUCUUCUUCUCCAAGGCGCAGGAGCAGCAGGUCGAGGUGAAGAAGGAGCAGCAGGAGAAGACAGUGAAGAAGGACCACGAGACCAGAAUAGCCGCCCUCACCAAGGCCGAGGAGGAGUGCAUCAAGAAGGCGCACCUCAUCGAGACCAAUGUGAGCGAUGUGGACGCCGCCAUCAAGGUCACGUGUUCGGAGCUCGCGCGGGGCAUGGAUUGGGCGCAGCUGACCCGGGUCGUCAAGGAGGCCAAGAAGGCGGGCGACCCCAUCGCCAACCUCAUCCACUCCCUCGACUUUGCCAACAACAGGAUCACGCUGCUUUUGGUCGACCCGCUCGAAGCCGCCGCCGACGCGAGCGGCGCCAUGCAGAAAGUCGAGGUGGACAUCGGGCAAACGGCCUACGCCAACGCGCAGGAGUUCUACGCCGAGGCCAAGAGGCGCGCCCACAAGCACGCCAAGACGGUGGCAUCGUCCCAGAUGGCCGUCAAGGCGGCGGAGAAGAAGGCCCGGCGCGAGAUCAAGGACGUGGGUGUCAAGGCCGCCAUCCAGAAGGUGAGGAAGGCCUACUGGUUCGAGAAGUUCCACUGGUUCAUUUCCUCCGAGAACUACGUGGUCAUCUCGGGUCGCGAUGCCCAGCAGAACGAGCUGAUCGUGAAGCGGUACCUCCGCAAGGGCGACGCCUACGUGCACGCGGACCUGCACGGCGCCGCCACGUGCGUGGUGAAGAACCCGCACCCCGACAAGCCCAUCCCCGCGCUCACCCUGGCCGAGGCCGGCUCCAUGACCAUUCCGACGUCGGCGUGGUGGGUGCACCCCGAGCAGGUGUCCAAAACGGCCCCGUCUGGCGAGUACCUGGUGACGGGCUCGUUCAUGAUCCGCGGCAAGAAGAACUUCCUGCCGCCCUCCCAGCUCGUCAUGGGCUUUGCCUACAUGUUCAAGGUCGACCCCACCUCCGUGGCCAACCACGUCAACGAGCGGGCCGUGCGCACCCUCGUCGAAUUGUCGGAGCUGGAGGGCGCAGGCAGGGGCGACGCUGAGAGGUCCGCCGUGGGAGGCAGCGACGACGAAGACCAAGACGACGGCGAUGUCGAGGCCGUGGAGGGCGGGGCGAGGGGCCACGCCGGAAAGUACCGCGUGCAGGUGCUCAUGGACACCCCCGACGACGACGACGCCGACGCCGGCAGCGGCUCGGGCAAGCCGCAGCAGCCCAGGCCCCCGCAGAAGGAACGGGAGAAGCGGGCACGCAUGUCCGCGGCCGAGAAGCGGCGCAAGAAGAAGCUCGAAAAGCGAGGCGAGUCGGCGGCCGCAGCCCCGGCGGGCGAAGAGCCAAGCCCCGACCACCACGAGGAGGAGGACGACGAGGAGGACGACGAGGAGGAGGUCCAGCAGCAGCAGCAGCAGCCCAAGACCAAGGGUCCCACGCAGCCCAAGCUCCUGCGCGGCCAAAAGGGCAAGAUGAAGAAGAUGAAGAAGAAGUACGCCGAGCAAGACGAGGAGGAGCGAGACCUGCGCAUGCGACUCCUCCAGUCGGAGGGCCUCAAGAAGAAAGAGGAGCAGCGGCUCAAGGACCUGGAGCUGCAGAAAAAGAGGAAGGGCAAGGGCAGGGGCCAGGCCGGACGAGGCGGACUCCCGCACCAGCAGCAGCAGCAGUUGCUCGCGUGGUGGUGGGUGGCGGCGUGGCGGCGGAGGCUGGCGACGGGGGCCGGGGCGAGGAGGAGGAAGCGCGGGACGAGGAGGGCGAGGGCGUUGCUGGGGUGGAGAGCACCGAGGAGGAGGAGCUCGAGGCCAAGCGAAAGCGGCGGCAGGAGAAGCGGCACGAGAAGAAGAAGGAGGCCGAAGAGGUCCGGCAGAUCAUGGAGGAGGAGAACAUCAAGCCCCUCGACGAGUCCCUCCUCUCCGAAAUCGACGCCCUCACCGGCGUGCCGGUGGCCGAAGACGCGCUGCUGUUCGCGGUGCCCGUGUGCGCGCCCUACUCGGUGGUGCAGAACUACAAGUACAAGAUCAAGCUCGUGCCGGGCUCGGUCAAGCGGGGCAAGGCAGCGAAGGAGGCCAUGUCCUACUUCGUGUCGUUCCCGGAGGCCACGGACCGCGAGCGCGACUUGCUCAAGGCGGUGGAGGACUCGGAGAUCGUGCUGCAGCUCAUUGGCAACGUGCGCAUCGCCACCAGCGGACUCAAGCAGAAGGCCAAGGGCGGCAAGAAGAAGGGCGGCAAGAAGAAAUGAUCAUGAAAUUGUUUUUGUCACCUAUCAUCUCCGGAGACAAUUACAACAACAGUCGUUGUUUGCUGUUGCACGGGCGGCGGGUUGGAACUGGCGCCGCGUGUGUGGAGCUCCGCCGGUACAAUGCCCGCGCAAAUGGCGGGCGUGA